AUGCAUAACUGUAAAAAGCUGUAGUAGCUGGUGGAUUUAGUUUUAAUCAGGUUUAGUCAGGUGGUUGAGUCCGUCGUACAGUGUUUCUUAACACCUUAAAGAUGUAUUUAAGUUCCGAGAGUAAAAUACUUUCGACCGUUCAUUACCAUUUCCGCUGUUAUUAAUAUAUGAACAGUUUUUUUUGUUGAGCAUAAUGUACAUAAAUUUAGUCAAGUGUCUUGUUGGCAUGGUCCACAGGAUGUUCUGCUCUGUGUGGUUGUCCAUCACAUCACCUGCAGCUUUUCUAGACACUGCAACUGAAGAUAAAAGUAGUCAUUUCCUCUGCGGUUUGUAAAACCAAUCUGCUGCAUUGUACAGCACAGUUCUGUCUGUUCUCUGAAAUUAAUGUAUUUGAUGGUGUAUGGCUGAUGUAAAUAACCCAAUGCGUUUACAGCAGAGAGGCUGCAUUCAACACCAAACAAGUCAUGAAUACAAGUAAGGAAGGGAGACUGUGUUCAAGCUGUGGUUAAAAAGAAAAUUAGAAGUUUUUAUUUAUUUUAAUCAACAUUUUCAGCAAUUGCUGCUGUGGUCUUAAAGUAAAAGGCAGUACACUUAACAAUACCCAAAUGAAGUUUCACUGCACUGGUCAUCGCUCAAAAUUAAGUAGCAUUGGUAAAAAUAGUAAUGAUUCUGUACAGUAGCAUCAAGGCAAUAAAAGCACCUUAAUUGUGAGAAAAAAGAUAUCCAAUGGUGGAAAAACAUUCAGAUAUUUUACCUUGCAACAAUACACCUCCUCUGGUGCUGAUCAAACUCUGACCCAAAUACUCCACAAAGGCACAUUUUAAACAAUUAUUGGAUCUAUGCAAACAAUGCAAUAAAAAAUCCUAGACUAAGAGGUAUGAAGACCAUCAGAGAGCAUAUAAGUUACUAUAACAAGUUACAUUUUUGCAGGCACGAUGUACUUAAAGUAUUUAAUUAAAUGGCUCCUGGGAGCAUUAUCAUCUGAUAUUCUUGUACUGUGUGAUCAAUGUUUGAAGUUCAGCCUACUUAACUUGUUGUUAAUGGCUGAGGAUAUAGGUCAAGUACAUAAAACAAAAAUAAUAUGUUGCUGUUCAAUUAAAGUAGAGACAUAACAACUGCAAUAAUUGCCUCUGAAAUGAAGUGAAGUAUAAUAAAGUAAAACUAAAGUUAAAAACCGUAUGUUUCCAGCACACACAUAGUGAUCACAGUGCGUCGUGUUUAAGCUAUAAGUGUCUCUCUGUUGUUUCUGCAUUUUAUGUUGAUUUUAUGUUGGUGUGCCACUAACUUGAAAGGAACAUUAAAAUAUUGCAACAAUAACCACAUUCAAACAGCCAUGAGGAAGUACUGUCUCUCAUGAACAGUUGUACUUUUUUUUCCCUCAUGGGGAAGUGAAAGCACUUUUUGGUCACAGAGAAAUAACUUCUCUAGGUCAUUAGCAGCAGCUUCAGCUCAAUGCUCUGUUACUGUCCCACAGCAAACACAGAGCUGCUGCAGGAGAGACUGACAGCAAAUCAGCAGAGAGGAGAGUUUAAUAUCCAGAGAUGGGCUUUGGUGAGGAUCUGCGCUGCCCCCAGGCACAUGCAGCUGUCAUGCGGCUGCUGGACUCAGAGCUUCACCUGAUGGAGGUCAUGAAGAAGUGGAUGGGUCAGCGGGCCAAGAGUGAGCGGGAGUUUUCAGUGCAGAUGCAUCACAUGGCCGGCAUGGCAGAGAAACUGGAGCGGCCUCAGCCGGGAGCGGGACAGGACUACAUCAGCCAGCUCAACAAGUCGUGGGGGGUGCUGGUGUCUCAGACAGACGUCCUCAGUCAGGUGAUGAAGAAGCGCUCUGAGGAUCUGCUCGACGGUCCCAUCAGCAAACUCACGCUGCUCAUCAGAGACAAACAGCAGCUCCGCAAAACCUACGCAGAGCAGUGGAAUCUCCUGAGGCAGGAGCUCAGCAAGGUGACCCAGACAGAGCUGGAGAGACUGAAGAGCAACUACAGGCAGGUGGUGAAGGAGACAACUCAGGCCAAGAGGAAGUACCAGGAGGCCAGUAAAGAUAAAGAGCGAGACAAGGCUAAAGAGCGUUACAUAAAGGCUUCUGUGAAACUCCACGAGCUGCACAAUGAGUAUGUGCUGUCUGUGCGAGCUGCUCAGGUUUACCAUCAGCACCACUACAGUCAGAUCCAGCCGGCCCUGCUCAGUGCGCUGCAGAGUCUGCAGCAGGAGAUGGUGCUUAUACUGAAGGAGAUCCUGCAGGAAUAUUUUGACAUCUCCACUCUCCUCCAUCAUGAAGUAGUGCAGAUCCACCGGGAGAUGUCUUCUGCUCUAACAGCCAUCGAUCCUGACAGAGAGUAUGAGAGCUUUAUCCAACAGAACAGGUCUGUAGGGGAGACUCCUACUUGUGCCGAGUUUGAUUGCAGUCUCAUGGAGGACACUGAGCAGCUCAAAUCCAAUGAGAUUGAAUUGAACGACCUCACGCUUGAGACAGUUCAACACAAACUGACGGCUGUAGAAGAGGAGCUGCUGGAUCUGGCUCGGACUUUGGGCUCGCAGCAGACCUCGGUCGAUCAGCUAGAGCUGGAGCUGGACGCAGAGCGGGAAGGUGUGAAAAAGGGCCAGAGGGUCUACCAAUUCAGCAAGAGGCAUGCGAUGGAGGAGUGCCGGCAGCAGGUUGCUCUGAAUCAGGGCUUUAAAGCCAAGCUGGAGAUUCGGAGGCUUCUUCUGAAGGAGAAACUGGACAGGCUGGGCACCAAAGAUCCUCCCUCUGCUCUGAAGCUCGACCAAGACAACAGCUCACUUUCAUCCAACUCAAGCAACUUCCACAGCCCACCUUCUUCCAAACACCUCAUGGAUGAGAUCAAAAACAAUCUAAGUGGCCUGUUUAAACCCAAGUGGGAGGUGCCUCCAGCCGCCCCCCUGGUGCGGGAGGUGGAUCGCCCUCUGGAGAAGCAGGACUGGUACCACGGAGCAAUUCCCAGACUGGAGGUCCAGCAGCUGCUGAAGAGUGACGGAGACUUCCUGGUGAGGAAGAGUCAAGAGAAACAGGGAAAUGUGCUCUCUGUGCAAUGUGAAGGAUUCUGCAAGCAUUUCCUCAUCCAGAAUGCGGAUAAUCUGUACCGUCUGGAUGGAGAAAGCUUCCCCAGUGUCCCACUGCUGAUCCAUCAUCUGCUCUCCUCACAACAACCCGUCACCAAGAGGUCUGACAUUGUGCUGAAGAAACCUGUACUCAAGGACAAGUGGGUCCUUGAACACGAUGAUAUUAUCUUGGGUCCCUUCAUCGGGCGGGGUAACUUUGGAGAAGUGUACAGUGGCCUUUUACGCUCCGAUAACACUCCUGUAGCCGUGAAAUCCUGCAAAGAGAACCUGGCCCCGGAGCACAAGAAUAAGUUCCUGAUGGAAGCCAGGAUCCUGAAGCAGUAUGACCAUCCUAACAUUGUGAAGCUGAUAGGAGUGUGCACUCAGAAGCAGCCCAUCUACAUCAUCAUGGAGCUCAUUCAAGGUGGUGACUUUCUUUCCUUCUUACGGCGUGACAGUGACAGUCUGAACCCUAAGAUUUUGGUCAAAAUGACAGAGAAUGUUGCAUCUGGUAUGGAGUUCCUGGAGAGCAAGAAAUGUAUUCACAGGGACCUGGCAGCAAGAAACUGUCUAGUUGCAGAUUACAACGUGGUGAAGAUCAGUGACUUUGGGAUGUCCCGUCAGCAAGACGACGGUGUCUAUUCUGCAGAGGGUGGCCUCAGACAGAUCCCUGUUAAAUGGACGGCUCCUGAGGCCCUGAACUACGGUCGUUAUACCACAGAGAGUGAUGUGUGGAGCUUUGGGGUCCUACUGUGGGAGGUCUUCUCGCUGGGAAUGACGCCCUACACAAGCAUGAACAACCAACAAACACGAGAUGAGGUGGAGAAAGGAUACCGGAUGCCUGCUCCACACAACUGCCCCGUGGAAAUCUCAAGGAUUAUGACCAACUGCUGGCAGUACGAGCCCAGAAAUAGAACUUCUUUCAAGAAACUUCGGGCUGAGCUCAGUGCCAUAUAUAAAAAAAUUACGUAAUACAAGCAUGUACAUUGGACAUAUAGACUACUUUAUUAUUGUUUUGUCUUUUGGAUUUAUUUGUUAUUUUUGCAUCUUAUUUUCCAUCCAAAACAGAAACAUUUCCAGUCACACUUUAAUAGAUAACGCAAGGUAAAAAAUGAAUAAACUAUGUAUAAACUUUUGUUGAAGAAAUAAACUUCAAAAUGAA